CUUUAAUUUGCGCUAGUACAGACAUUAGAGAGACACGUGUUAAUUGUUAUCAGCUGUUGCUUCUUCCAUUGUUUUGUUACAAUAGUUAAAAUUACUUAUUAACAAUGUUACGCAGAAGUCGUUGUGUAUUAAAACAUUUUCGGCCUAUCGUUAGAUUUUAUCACGAAAAAGCCUCUGUUAUUGGUAGUACAUGUGAUACCAGUUCAACGAUUUAUCAGGAGAAUUAUGCACAAAUGAAGACUCUUGUUGAUCAACUGAAAGCUACUGUGGAGAAGAUAGUUGAGGGUGGAAGUCAGAAAGCUAAAGAAAGACAUAUCAGCAAAGGCAAACUUUUACCUCGGGAACGAGUGAAUACGCUGUUAGACAGAAAUUCACCUUUUCUGGAAUUUUCACAAUUAGCUGGAUAUAAGAUGUAUGACAAAGAAGAAGUAGCAGCUGGUGGACUUAUUACUGGUAUUGGCAGAGUAGAAGGUACUGAAUGUGUAAUAUUAGCAAAUGAUGCAACAGUGAAAGGUGGAACUUAUUAUCCUAUCACUGUGAAGAAACAGUUGAGAGCGCAAGAAAUUGCGGAAGAAAAUAGAUUGCCCUGUAUAUAUUUAGUAGACAGUGGUGGUGCAAAUCUACCUAAGCAGGCUGAUGUAUUCCCUGACAAAAUGCAUUUUGGCAGAUCCUUUUAUAAUCAAGCUAAUAUGAGUGCCAAAGGAAUAGCACAAAUUUCAGUUGUUUUAGGAAGUUGUACAGCAGGUGGUGCAUAUGUUCCUGCCAUGUCGGAUGAGAACAUUAUCGUUGGUAAUCAAGGUACAAUAUUUCUGGCUGGCCCACCGUUGGUAAAAGCUUCAACUGGCGAAGAAGUUUCAGCGGAGAACUUAGGUGGUGCUGCGCUUCAUUGUCGAGUAUCCGGUGUUACCGAUCACUAUGCGAUAGACGACACGCAUGCUUUGCACUUGGCGCGUCGAGUUGUGCAAAAUUUAAACUUACAACCGCCUAUGGACGUGAAAAUUAAUAAGAACAUAGAGCUGCCUUUGCACGCCAUCGACGAGAUCUACGGUAUCGUCGGAACUAAUCUGAAACGUCCAUUCGACGUGAAGGAAGUCAUCGCGAGGAUCGUGGAUGGGUCAAAGUUCCAUGAAUUUAAAGCGCAAUAUGGCGAGACUUUGAUCACCGGUUUUGCCAGGAUUUACGGCUAUCCUGUGGGCAUAGUCGCGAACAACGGCGUUUUGUUCUCCGAGAGCGCUCUGAAGGGAGCUCACUUCAUACAGCUUUGCGCACAAAGAAAAAUUCCUCUCAUCUUUUUACAAAAUAUCACAGGUUUUAUGGUUGGUAAAGAUGCGGAAUCGGGAGGCAUCGCAAAGAACGGCGCGAAAAUGGUAACGGCAGUAUCCUGUGCUCAAGUGCCGAAAAUUACAGUGAUAAUAGGCGGUUCUUACGGAGCUGGAAACUACGGAAUGUGUGGCCGAUCUUAUUCCCCGAGAUUUCUUUAUACCUGGCCAAAUGCCAGGAUAUCGGUGAUGGGAGGUGAACAGGCAGCUGGUGUAUUGGCACAAAUUGCAAAGGAUCAAAGAAUAAGGGAAGGCAAAAAGUGGACUCAGGAGGAGGAGGACAGCAUCAAGAAUCCGAUUAUAAAACAAUUCGAGGAGGAAGGCAAUCCAUAUUAUUCUAGUGCUCGGCUUUGGGACGAUGGUGUGAUUGAUCCCGUUGACACGCGAGUUGUCCUCGGUCUGAGUUUAUCCGCAAGUCUAAAUGCACCUAUACCAGACUCGAAAUUCGGAAUUUUUCGAAUGUAACACGAGCAAUAUGUACAAACGUGUGUCUCGAAGUGCGUACGAACGCAAUUUCAAAGCUUCCAUUUUUUUAAACUUUGUACGUUGUUUUUAUACUACAGACAAAUAUUGAAUGUAAUUUUAUAACAAAGAUAUUUUUAUAUAUUCCAAAUAUAUAUUUUAUUACAUA